CACACACACACACACACUUCAGAUGCACAAAGUCACAUCUUCACCCUGCCAUCCCUCACAAACAACCCGAACGACACUGACACACUGGUUUGUGCUCUUACUGCGUCUUCUCUGCUGUCCAGUUCCUUUAAGUUCUAAAGAAAGUCCUACAGCAGAAAAUGAAGUUACUACAGACAAACUAAACUGACUUACGGAAGAAAAGUUAGCUUUAAUUUCAAAUUUAUUAACAACCUCACUCCCAGUCUUAGCCUCCCAGCUCGUUAUAGUUCACCAGACAAUGCCGACUACAGGUCUCCAGGUCCUUGGCCUCGUGGUAUCGAUAGCAGGAUGGGCAGGUGGGGUUUUGGUUUGCUCCGCCCCAUUUUGGCGCGUGUCAGCUUUCGUGGGAAAUGAGCUGGUGGUAUCUGAGGUGGUGUGGGAGGGGCUGUGGAUGUCCUGCGUGUCACAGUUGGGGAGGAUCCAGUGUAAAGUAUAUGACUCCGCCCUGGCACUCUCAGGGUCAACCCAGUUUUGCCGUGUGGUCGUCAUUUUGUCUCUCCUGCUUGGAUUAUUCGCCAUACCGGUGGGUGUGAUGGGCAUGAAGUGCACGCACUGCCUCGAAGGUGCGCGUGAUACUAAAGCUCGCCUGGUGCGCGCCACCGGUAUCGGCUUCAUGGCAGCAGGCAUAGCUUUCUUUCUGCCGGUUUUCUGGACCACCUUCUCCGUGAUCCGAGACUUUUACGACCCGAACGUGGCACCAGCGCUCAAGCGUGAGCUAGGCCCUGCUCUGUACCUUGGAGGAAGCACGGCCUUUAUGAUGCUCAUUGGAGGGGUCAUGCUGUACCAAGGAGGCGCCGUCCCAAGUGGGAUUCUAACCAAGCCUCGUUUUGGUAAAGGGGCGGGGCCAAGCAAGGAUAAUCCCUCAGGCACGUCAGAGGGAAAACAGGACAAGGCUUAUGUUUGAGCGAGGAAUCAGGGUUGGCAAGUCAACAAAAAUAACACAGAAAUUGAAAGAGGAUGAAGAUGAAGUUGAAAGAAAAAAGAGAAAAUACAGACAUGCGAAUUAAAAUAAGCAAUACAAAACAAU